AUGAACACUGCUACUCUCGCCGACCUGGAGUGCGCCGGAGUUGUCUUCAUCUCGAGCAAGCGCGGCUUCACCUUGAGAUACGUGCGGUACUACGAGGCAAUGUUGCUCAGGAACUUCGUCUCGGCCAGGGGCGCAGACUGGGCGCAGAAGGAUGUCUUUGACGACGGCGACGGCAGCGGUUGGCAGGGGAAGGAGUUCCCUUUCGACAUGCGUAAACGUCACAGCCAUGCCAUCCUGCGCGUGCUGGCCGUGCAGGAGUUGGAACCGCUCGGCAAGCAUCUUGAUGUCUACGUGGAGGAGGAUAUCAGCGAGAGCGCUCUGAGGACAUGCGACGACCACCUCCACAAGCGCGUCUAUCCGCCCGCCAACUCAGCUUGCGUCGCUGAGCUAGUGGGCGACGGCCACGAGAAGGCGCUGGUGCGCUGCAGCGGCGGCCGUGGCCUGCCUGGAGGGAAAGUGCUGAAGAGGCCUUCGGCUGCUCGCAAGUUCGCUGGGAAGGCCUUGACGAAAAAGCCCGCUGCCGCGAAGACUCGCUCCAAGCCCAAGCCUGUCGCGAAGAAGACCGCCGCGGUUAAGAAGCCCGCGGGGACCAAGGCUGGCACGAAGCGCAUAGCCCCGAGGUCUCUACACCACAACAACGGGUGGUUUAUGCUUCUGACCACGAGUGGCCGCGUGGUGGCUGUGACCGAGCAGUCCGCGCCAGAGGGCAACGACGUGGUCAAGUCCACCAUCCUAAGGGUUCUCCCGCAAUAUCCGAGGGUCAACUGCUUCAUGUACGACAAGGCAUGCUCGGUGAUGCCUUCGGCGCUGCUGGACGACCAGUUCAAUCAGAUCAAGUACUGGGUCGGCGACAGGCUGCACGCCCAGAAGCACGUGGCCGAGCAGUGUUUCUCCUGGUUUCGCGGCUACUCGCGGAUUUUCAACGAGAUGUCGCCCAGCCGCCACCGCUUCUUCGUCCUGUACUUCGUUGCCAAGCACAACUCAAUGUUGUCUGCUGGCGACACUGAUCACCUAGGGCACCCGGCGGCAGUUGCCAGCAAGGUUCACAAGAAACCCAGUGGGCAUUACCCGUGCGCUUAA